GGACGAGUGGAAAUACCGCCAGGGUAAGCAAGGCAUCAUCUACCCACCACCUUCACCAUGGUCAAUCGAGCGAGGAAGAAGCAAUGAUGCAAUCGCGGGAGGCGGUUACUAUCCGAAAAAUAUCCUAGACAACGAAAGGCUGAUCAUUCGUCGGUUUGGUACAAUGUAGCGUUUGAUAGGGUAGAAGCGAUAUCCGGCCGAAGCUCGAAUAUGCAGAGGCAUAUCCGGACGUGCGACUACAUUCCCUCUGAGGACCGGGUACGCAUCAUGGAGAACUUUGAAGCCUCGCAGGUGGCUUCGCGUUCUUCAAAGGAUCUCGAGGACCCGCGAGGCAACGAUGACUACUCGAGAUUUGGACAUGGACAUCAUGGCGGCAACGGGAUCGAUCCUGGACCGGCAAUGUGGUCGCCGCACACUCACCACGUCGUGCCGCACCAUCACCAAUACGGCGGCCAUCAGACGGCUUCAUCGCUUUCUGGUAGGUCCAGAGCAACUUCGCAGUCCGAUGAUGACACCACUUCCUCUUCAUCAGUUCCCUCGCCGGAUCUUGGGCGGCGAGAGCUGGCACGGCUGGUUUCAUCGCCCCCCAGGCCAUCACCAAAGCUUUUAAUCCGAGAUCUCUUGAACGACGAGUCGGCACCACCGUCAUAUCUGUACAGAGGGUCCAGUAGCGCGGCGGCGGCGGCGGUGGCAAUGGCGGCAGCGGAGAAAAGCAAACAUUCACGGACAUCACCGGGUAGCGGCACCACUGCGCCCAAACACCACAACUCGGCCCACUCUUCGGAACUACUGCUAGCUACAGAGCAUGGAUUAGUGGCGCAACUCGAUUACGCAAUAGACGAGAUGCAGGGCGUUCGGAUGCGUUUGGAGGACCGAUCGGGUCCUCACGGUGGCGGGCAAUUCCCCGUUUCGCGGGAGGAGAGUGCGGCAACGAUCGAAUGGUUGUCGAAGCGGAUGGAGGAGCUUCGGCGAGAGAACGAGGCGUUGAAGCACCGGGUUUCGACGACGGAGAACGACAACGGUGAGCUCAAGGCCAAACUGGAGAAGAUCGGCGAGAAGUUCCGUUUGCUCGAGUCCGAUAGCAGGAGGAUGUCGGCUGGAUGUGUUAGUGGCGGGCUCGGUGGGCGUCCCACGACUGGCAGUCCCUUCGAUAUGCACCACCACAUGGUGACGCCAAGAGCCACAUCUGCGCCCGUUGUGACGGCGUCCGAGUCAGAAACGCUCAGAAAACGACAGUACGGUGAGAGAAGAUCAGCAUCGGGGUUUGUCCCGAUCAGCAAAUAGAGGAUCUUUUUUCAAGGUGUGGGAACAUGGGAAUCUCCGGACAGUUGCGAUGGGCUGUUCGCUUGUUUGGCUUCAUGCAUGCAUGGCAGGUUUUUGGGCUGAAAGAUACUUUUGUCUUUCGACUUUCUGUCAUUGGCUGGUGAUAUAGCGGAUUAAUCUUGUAACUUAAUGUGUGUGUUUUUCUUUGGCAUGGGGCGUUGGGCGUUCUUUGGUUUUUCUUACUCUGUUUUUCUUUUUUUUUUGCGAUGUUCUCAAUGCCGAUUUCGCCCUUUUCCAUCACCGACAAUUAGCAUCAACAUAAGCUUUGUCAUCUUUCAUAUAUAUCAAUUUAGGAUGGGGAUGAGCAACGAACGAAUCUUCCAG